AUGAAGAAGCUGGUCACAACAGUUCCAAGUCUUAUCGAAGACAUCAAAUCUAUUAAAGUUGAAUUAAUCCAUCUGAAGGAGUCUUGUGAAUACAACAGUAGUUCAUUUAAAUCUUUUCAAGAUCAAGUCUUCAGUUUCGAACGUGGUGUAUCUCAGAUAGAAAAGAUUCGAAAUUCUCUCGCUAUGGCCAACAAGGAAAUAGCUAAUCUUAAAAGUGUUAUUCAGACCAAUGAACAAUGGUCACGGCUUAGUAAUGUUGAGGUAAAGGGCAUCCCCCUAAAGCCCAAUGAAAACCUGUUUGUAACUGCGAAAUCUAUGGGUAAAGCAGUUGGGUAUGAAUUCCAAAAAUCUCAAAUCAAUUACAUAUCCCGAAUACCAAUGUUUAAUACCAAAGAGAAGGCUAUCAUUAUCAAUUUCAUAAAUCGUUAG